UUUUUGAGUAAUGGAAACUUUAUUUGAAGCCACUUCUUUAUCUCAAAUUUUACGGAAAUUUAUGAGUCAGGCUGGAGGAAUGAGCAUCUUUGAAACUAAGAUUAAGCUUCAGGAUAGCUCUCAAAGAGGUUCAGUGCAAGAAGAGUGUAAGGAGAAAAUUGAAGAAGGCACUCUACAGAUCAUUCAAGACCCUACCACUUUUGAGGUGGCUUUUAGUAUUAAUAUUGACUACCCUGAGACAACUAGAAGAUCGAUUAGUAUUACACUGCAGGAGGACUAUCCCUGUUCACUUGAAAGCUCAGAUUCAUCUGCUUCAGAUCUCUCUGCAAAUCUGCAAGAGGAGGAAAAGGUCAUGGUCUCAAGUGGUUCAGAUGGGAAACUCUCUAAAAACUCUCCUUUUAUUUAUGAGUCAGAGCUUAGCAACUCUAACGGUUAUCAUAAAGUCUGAGGAGAACUUUACUGCUUUAGUCAUGAGGACAAGGUCUCUGAGUUGAUACUCCAAGAGUGCCAGCUGAUUUUUGAAGAGGUACAGAGCAAAGGCCAAUUUGUGUGCAAGGGUCUUAGUGGUAGAGGAGAGGAUAUCACCUUUGUAGCUGAGUCUAGUGAAGACUAUUUGUAUGAUGACAGCAAUCAUAUAAUCUAUUUUCUUAGCUCGGAAGAUACAGAUCAUAAUAUUAGUAAUAGAUACAGUUUCUUUUGUGCUAAAGAGGCUGAUAUUUCACAACUCCGUAAUCUCAACGAAAGCAUUGCAGGAUACUUUGAUAUAUUUCUAAGUAGAGAUAGAAGCUCAAAGUCUUGGAAAACUGAGCAGAUGGGGUCUCAAGAAAGUUUGCUAUCUUACGACAAAGAAGAAACUAAGAAUACUGUCUUACCUCUCGAUCAUUCGAGUUCAAGCAAAUCUGGAAGUGAAUCUAGUGAGUCAUCGAAUGAGGUUAGGCAUUCUUACAAAGUCAGCCCUUUCAUGACCAACCCCAACUUUGUACAUGCGAAAGAGGUUCCUAAUGAGCAAAAUAUAUUCGAGGCAGUUGUUAGAAAUGGUCAGUGAUUUGUGGAAUCGACUAACACAAAGGUAGUGGAUUUCUAUUUAGACAAGGCGGAGCCAAAGCCGAGCACUCCACCAAGCUCAUACGUCUAUGUCAUGUUGGAAGAUAAGAUCAGAGUCUUCGGGCUAGACAAGACUUCAGGGCUUGUACAUUACUGCGACCUUAGCCUUGAGAGCAAGAUGAAGGUGACAAAACUCUGUUUGUUCAACAGUGGAUCCAAACUAGUAUUUUCCAGCACUAAUGGAUACAAACUGAUAUGCUACGAUCUGCUAAAGAGGAAGAUAUAUAAAAUUUAUAAGAACGAUUAUCAAAUUGAGGACUACAACACAAGUAUUAAUGGAACUGGCAAAGACUGAACUGAGUCCAUUAUUUUCUGAGAUACUUUUCAGAUCAAAGAGAUUUAUAUGAAGCAAGAUAAACUUGAAAGUCGUUGUUCAAAGUCUUGGACCACGUGUAAACUUUCAAGUGUAAUUCAAGUCCCAGUUAAAAAUGAGAGCUCCAAUAAUUUUGGAUCUAUUUCCUCCAAAAAUGUAUGUGGAGGAUUAGUGAUAACAGGAAGCUAUCAAGGCAUUUUUAGAUUUUAUUCAUCCAGCUCAGCCACAAAAGCCAAUAGAAGAGUAUUCACACAUGGCUCAAGCAAGCUGAGGUGGCUUCAAGUUAAUCAAGAUGGAUCAUCUGUUCUUGCGACCGAAGAUGAUCAAGUUUUUAUUCAAGAUUGUAGUAAUUAUCAAAGAUGUAUACAAAUCAAACCCAAGAUCACCUCAGAUAUCAUCACCAAAUCCAUCUUCGCAAGCAAUCUUGGCAAAAACACUGUUUUAUCUGCGGCUGGCGAAGACCUAUUCAUGACCAAGAUUGAGGCUUCAUCCCAAGUGUCGAGACCAGUCUCGCUAAAGAGGCAAUUAGAGAGCCAUAUCAUAGACAUUGCUGAGGCAAAGUCGGUAUUUAAACACUUGGUGGUUCUCCACAACUCCAAAAUCUCAGUAAUACAGCUUGAAGCUGACGAUUUCCAAGAAUGAGGUUUUAAAUAACAUGAGGUUCAAUCUUG